AUGACUGGACGCGGCAAACAGGGCGGCAAAACUCGUGCUAAGGCCAAGACCCGAUCAUCCCGGGCCGGUCUGCAGUUCCCAGUCGGUCGCGUUCACCGUCUGCUCAGGAAAGGAAACUACGCCCAGCGGGUCGGGGCCGGAGCUCCCGUCUACCUGGCCGCCGUUCUGGAGUAUCUGACCGCUGAGAUCCUCGAGCUGGCCGGCAACGCUGCCCGGGACAACAAGAAGACCCGCAUCAUCCCCCGACACCUCCAGCUGGCUGUCCGCAACGACGAGGAGCUCAACAAGCUGCUCGGUGGGGUCACCAUCGCCCAGGGAGGAGUCCUGCCCAACAUCCAGGCCGUGCUGCUGCCCAAGAAGACCGAAAGUCACAAAGCUUCCAAGGCCAAGUAAUUCCCCUUUCGGCAGCUUUUAAAACCACAGAACCCAAAGGCUCUUUUCAGAGCCACCCACAUCUCCAU